UUACGACUAAGGACAUGUUUGGGAAAAAUUAAUUUUUCCAAAAUAAACCAAAUAAAGUAGACAGCGAGGCUAAUUAUAUAAAGUAUCAGAAUCGGAUUCUUAACGCCGCACCAAACUCCAGAAACACGGUCGCGGACUCAAGGGUUCGUUGACAGGUGAAACGAGAUCAAAGAUGGAGCAGUUUCUGUGCAGUCGAUUACUCGAUACAACCCAGCCCAUCUCCGAGCGCUUCAGAGCCCUCUUUUCUCUCCGUAACCUCAAAGGAACCGCUCCACGCAACGCCCUUAUUCAUGCAACAAGGGACUCUUCAAAUUUGCUAGCACAUGAGGCAGCCUUUGCUCUAGGUCAAAUGCAAGAUUCUGAAGCUAUCCCUGCUUUAGAAGCAAUUUUAAACGAUCUUUCACUACAUCCUAUUGUUCGCCAUGAGGCUGCAGAAGCUCUUGGUGCGAUUGGUUUAUUGAGCAAUGUUCCUCUUUUGAAAAAUAGUUUGGCUGUAGAUCCUGCUCAGGAGGUUAGAGAAACUUGUGAACUCGCCCUCAAGCGAAUUGAGGAAAUGGGUACUGCAAACAAUUGUGAGUCAACAUCUGGAAGCGAAAGAUCACCUUUUUUGUCAGUCGACCCAGCUGUACCAGCUUCUUGUUGUUGUUCAGUCGAUAAGCUGAGGGAAGCUCUUUUGGAUGAAGGAAAGGGCAUGUAUGAACGGUAUGCCGCUCUUUUUGCACUUAGAAAUAAUGGUGGAGACGACGCUGUUUCUGCUAUAGUUGAAUCUUUGGGUGCAAAAAGUGCUUUGCUUAAGCAUGAGGUUGCUUAUGUUUUGGGCCAAUUGCAAAACAAAGCAGCUUCAGCUGCACUUAGCAGAAUAUUGAGGGAUGUAAAUGAGCAUCCAAUGGUUAGACACGAGGCUGCUGAAGCUCUUGGUUCCAUUGCUGAUGAGCAAAGCAUCUCUCUACUUGAGGAAUUCUCAAAGGAUUCUGAGCCUAUAGUCUCACAGAGCUGCGAAGUUGCUCUGAGCAUGCUAGAAUAUGAAAGAUCAGGAAAGUCAUUCGAGUACUUAUUUAUGCAGGAUCCUUUAGCACAAGCUUAGAGUAAUCAUGUCUUGUGGAAACUCCUUUACCUAAAGACAAUAUAUCUCAUCAACGCAUAAGUUGUGGAAUGAGGAGGAAGAGAGUGUCGACAAGGAUAAGAAGAGAACUAGAAUUGGUCUUUUCGGGGUUGUACUCGUCUAUUCUUUAUAAUGCUUGUAUUCAUGUGAUGAUUAUUACAUGGGAUCAACCCGUGGUUAAAUUGGGUCAAACUAUAGGGUUAUUGACUUUGCUCAACCAAUUUAUAGUGUACUCCAAUCAACUUGGAAUUCAAUUAAGGCUUAGUUAAGUUGAGUUAA